AUGUGUCCUCCUCCAGCAAAGGUGAACAAAAAAGGUGCAUUGAAGAAACCAAUGAACAGAAACCCAAGAUCAACAAAGCGUGAUCCAUCAUACUGGGAGUAUGUAGAUGCUUUACAUUUUGUGCAAAAUACCAAUUCUCCAAUGAAGCAUAGUGCAACAUCUUCUGACCAACCCAAUCCAAGAAGGAUCAUGCCAAUGUUGGAUCAAUUUCAACCAUUUAUCCACGAUUUCAUUGACAACAUUGUGGAUGUCAAAGCUGACGGUAACUAUGGAUAUCGGUCAAUUGCCAGUUUAUUAGGUAUGGGUGAAGAGUCUUGGUCCUUGGUGCACAACCAUAUGCUUAAAGAACUUGGCAAAUUCUCAUAUGACUAUAUCAAGCUCUUCGGUGGCACAAACAGAUUUGACGAAUUAAGGAUGUCCCUACCUUUUGAUGGGUUAACCAAGGUGACUGUGGAUAAGUAG